AUGUGGACUGAUGAACUCACGAGGCGCUAUGCGGCAGCCGAUGUGUGCGAAGGCGGGAAGCAGUCAGUACUCCGACCGUCCGCGGAAGGGUCAACGCUGCUGCUGCGAGCAGCGGCGUGCCUGCGCACGGAGGCGAUCGAUGAAGGCCUUCGCCUGGCAGAAAGGUCUCUUUCUGUUUUUCGGCAAUGCGGCGAUUCACGUGGGCUGGCAGAUGCAGCACGUCUCGUCUCCUGCGCGAUGAUUCACCAGGACCGCCGAAAAGAGGCCGACCGCCUUCUGCGCGACGAGUUGGCUGUGUUCCAGACUUCCGCCAGAUACACGUCGAAGUCUGCCGAGGCGCGCAUCUUGCAAGCCAUGGCAGACGUUAGCUCGGACAGGCGUGGUCAGAAGAAGCGCGAGGAGGCAUUGAAAGCCGCGGGUCAAGCCCGAGAUCUUGCUGUCGACGAGGCCGACAAAGGUCUGGAGGCUUCAACUCUGGCGGUCAUGGCGAAGAUAUUCAUCAAGUUCAAGGGUGAUCGCAGGGCAUGCGACAAAGAAGGACAUCGCCUGGCGACAAAGGCCUUGGAACUCUUCCGCGAGACGCAGGACGUGCGUGGGCAAGCCGUUGCUGCGCAGCACUCAGCCGUCGCUCAGUGCAAUCUCCAAGAGUUUGUGCCAGCACUGCAGUCGCUCCAGGCAGCUAUCGGCUUUUGGAAGCAGAGUGAGGAUGCCAUGCACGAAGCGCACUGCCUGGUCAUGAUGGCAGAGUGGCUCUUGCACUGGAAUCAGCCCACGAGGGCCGGGCCAGCCGCCGACCAGGCAUUGGCUCUGUACAACAGCCACGGCAUCGGCGGGCAGCGUGCGACGAAAGCAUUGCAGUUGGCCGUCCGAGCCCAGAUCAGCAACGGCGAGCCCUGGCGUGCGAUCUGGACGUCAGAAGAUGCCGUGGCACGGUCUCGUGAGAAGAAGGAUCAGCGCGGCGAGGCAAAAGCCCUGCUAUGCCUGGCUGAAGGUUACACCUGUUCGCCAUCAGGCCGUGAGCAGCAAGAGGCGCCUGCCAACGCAGCUGGAAGACCUCCACCCGAGGACGCUGUCGCCGCCAUGCAGAAAGCCUUGCAAAUAGCAAACGGGCUGAACGACGAAACCCUGGAAGCCGAGGUCAUGACAAAGCUCUCCUCAAUGCACGUGAAGCGCAUAGAGAUGGAAGAAGCCAUCUUCGCUGCACAUGACGCAUUGAGUCAUCGCGAUGUAAAGGAUCCUGUUGGCAAGGGCCAAGCGUUUCAAAGCCUGGCUGCGGCACACCUGCACAACAAGGAUUUUGCCACAGCUGAGCGAGCAGCGCGAGCAGCCCGGGACAUCUGUCGCAAAGACGGACGUUGGCAAGGUGAUGCUGCAGGCGUCAUGUCCAUGGCGGAGGUGCUCCUCGCAGAGCAGAAAAUUGAUGAUGCAGUCGACCUAGCUAAAGAGGCGCAGUCGCUAUACAGUGAGCAUCAUGACCGCCGUGGCGAGGGAAAAGCUCUGAUCUUUGUUGCGAAAGCCAGAAUGUCAAGCGAGGAGUACGAAAAGGCGUGCUUUGCCGCAGAGCGGGCUCACGAGCUGUUCGCUCGCCUUCGAGAUGACGAGGGCAAGUGUGAAGCUCUCGUGCUUGCAGCGCAGUGUCGCAUUCAGCUUCUGCAGAGACAGCAGAAGCAAAGCUCUGCGAAGCUGAAGGGUAAAAAGGCAUUCCUGAAAGCGCCUUUGCCAUGGGAGGAUCUUUCCAAAGCAUCGAAAGCUUCAACCCAGGCCAGGGAGGCGGCCAAGAAACUUGGGGAUUCCAAAGCCGAAGCGGCCGCACUCUGUGCCCUCGCCCAGAUUUACAUCUUCAACGGUAGACCUCAGACCGAGAUCUUCAACACUUUAGACGAGGCCUUGUUCGUUGCAGCUGAGGCUGAGGACCCAAAGAGCGAGGGCACUGCCCUGCUGCUUCAAGCGCAGAUGCACCUCGAGGCAUCCGAAUUGCAAAGUGCGCUGAAAGCUGCGAGGCAAGCCCAGCUCAUCGUCGACAAAAGCGGCGAUGCAGCACAGAAGUCGCAAGUAGAAUCGAUCCUUGAUCAAUUGCGCGGGCACGAGUUCCGCGUCGACGAGGCACCUCGAAUCGACCCUCGAAUGGUCGUAGGUCAGAUGGCGCUGCCAAUGGUGUCGGGCCCAGAUCCGGCGGCGGUUCGUGCAACGAUCCAGGAGGUGACAAAAAAGAUGGUGGGCAGCGGCAACGACAUCGAAGCUGAUAUGCCCCUUAUGGACAUAGGAAUCAACAGCAUGAAUGCCGUGCUCUUUCGCAACAAGCUCAUCACCGAGUUCAAGGAUGUGGAGCUGCCGACAACGCUUGUCUUCGACUAUCCCACGGUCAAAACCUUGUCAGGACUGGUGGUCGAGCAGGUCACCCAAGCUGCGACGGCAGCUCAGCAGCAAGCCAUGGCAGCCGCGAUGCCGAUGAUGGCGAUGCCGGGUUCGGGGUACCCUGUGAUACCGCAGCCAGGUGUGACUCCCAUCGAAGUUGCCUCAAAGAUUCAAGAGGUUACCAAAGGAAUGGUGGGAAGCGACCGCGACAUUGAUGCGGACAUGCCGUUGAUGGACAUAGGCAUCAACAGCAUGAACGCAGUGCUGUUCCGCAACAAGCUCGGAAGCGCCUUUGAAGGUGUGGAGCUGCCAAACACACUGGUGUUCGAUCAUCCAACGGUCAAGGACUUGUCCGAGCUUCUGAUGCAACUGACGGCCGGCUAG